CUCCCCUUACGUCUCGGUAGAUAUACGUUGUGAAUGAAUAACCACUCGGGAACGUUUUACCAAUACACAAUUACUCAACUUCAAUACACAAAGUAGAAGGGGAAUUUUAUCAAUGAGUGUGCGUGUGUGCCAGAUGUAUUUAUGAUCGGAACAAAAUGGACGGAUUAGAAGGCAUAGAUGAUCCGGACGCAAAACACUUCUUCUCCAAGUAUCUCGGCGGGAUCAGAAGAGCUGUGUCCGGGGCUCCCAGGUGGCAAGACGUGAAACUAGAGGAGUACGUCAACGUGGAAAAUGACGCCAACUACAAAAGAAAACCAAUGUUCACUAAAGCUGACAAAGAAAAAGAUGAAUACAAAAUGAAUUUUCCACGGCGCGGAAAAGCUGUUAUUGUCAACAACAAAAACUUCACAGACAACAUGCAAAAACUCGGAUACGGUGUACGAUCGGGAACAGAUAUCGAUCACACGCGCAUCACAAAUCGGUUGCGGCGUCUUGGGUUCGAUCUGGACCACCACCAUAACGCCACAUGCCAGGUCAUGAAAGACGUGUUCGCUAAAGUCGCAAAGGAAGACCACUCUGACGUGGACUGUUUUGUGGCGGUACUGCUGAGCCACGGGGAGGAAGGCAAGAUCUGCGGGACAGACGGCAUAAUAGAAUUGGAGGAGAUUUUCCAGUAUUUCAAAGGCGCCCAUUGCCCGACGCUUGCCGGAAAGCCGAAAGUGUUCUUCAUUCAGGCAUGUCGUGGCAAGGAAUUCGACUCUGGGACUAACGUUAACGUUGCUGACGCAAAACGAGUCGUUGAAAGUGACCUCGAAAAAUCGGAAGUCAUGAAAAUCCCAAGCGAGGCGGACUUCCUGUUGUCGUUCUCAACGGUCCCCGGGUAUUAUUCGUGGCGCAAUUCCACCAACGGGUCGUGGUAUAUCCAGGCGCUGUGCUGCAUAUUAGACCAAUACGGGACCGUGUUGGAAAUUCAAAAGUUGCUGACGAAAGUCGCUAAGUUGGUGGCUUACGCCGAACGCUACAUGUCCAAUACGGAAGAUCCGGCACAGAACCGGAAAAAACAAAUGCCGUCGUUCACGUCGAUGUUAACCAAGGAUCUGUACUUCCAUCCAAAGAAUGGAAGUACUUAGUGCGAAUGGCUGAUGGAUAUUGGCCAUUAUAAAAAGAACUCUUACGUUUGAAUGGAAGUUUUGAUAAAUGUGCCUGCUAAUGCCAUGUGUGAACAAAUACAUAACAUAUUAUAUUAAAGAUUUACUGUGCAUUGAAUGAGCGUUGACAGAAUUCAGUUGCAAAUAUAUACAUUGUUUCCGCCCUAGUUUUACUUGUCUUAUGUCGUUUUUUUUAUUUGAUCAUGCUACGCCAUUUGCUAUUAUUUAAUUUGUCGCUGAGAUAUAAACUUAUCAAUAAAAGAUCAACGAAAUCGACUUGAUUGACCAAAAGACAAACGGAUUUAUGACUCGCAUGCCUUGCCAGUUUUGUCAUUAAUAAAACUGACUAAGGGCCUGUAUGUUAGACGGAGAGAUUUUACUCGUACAUGAAGUCAAUGGUUCAGCAAAACGAAUUGAGGAUUGAAUCGAACAGCGCAGUAACUAACAAUACGGAAAAUAUAGAGCUAAUGAUUGUCCGCAGUCGUGAACGUGGAGAGCAAGCUAAGAACUUUGCUCUAUUCAAGUUUAUAAGCCAGAGAUGUAAUUCUCACAGUGAAUACUGCCGUUUUGUUUAGGCCGAUAGAUUAUAUCUCUUUCAGUGCGGGAACCGAAUUUUAAAGGCCUUUGCAAACAGUUUGGAUCCAGAUGAGACGCCAUAGAACGUGGCGUCUCAUCAGGAUCCAAACUGUUUGCUAUUCUGAUAGUAUUCUUUGAAAAAAAUCGAAGAAAAUGCUAAUUUUAGAAAAUCAGCAGACGACAUUUUAGCAGACGACAAAUUUCCCAGCAUGCAAAGGGUUAUAUGAGCGAGCUGCCAUUCAGUAACUUCAUAUUCUAGAGUUUUCAGUUUGCCUAAGACAAGCGUUUCGUACUUAAACAAUGUAUUUUGUUCCCUUCAGAUAUUUUGAUUUUCUUACAAAUGUUAAACCCGGAUUUAUACAAAUUCAUUUCAUAUGCAUCCCAUUUUUGAAUAGCAAUCUCAAUUGUUAAAUUAUUUAACAUAAUUUUGGUCUGGUACGCCAUAUUAUUUGAAAUGUAAUGUGCAUCUCAGUAUCCGAUAAGACAUAUGUUUUUGGAAGAAUUUGUUUUGUUGCACGCAUUAUUGAUUGAUUUGUUAAACAACAUACUUGUAAGUGAUAAAUUUCAGUUUGUAAAUUGGUGUUCAAUUGUUUUGUACUUAUUUAAUUUAGGUUUUGUAGAUUUUCGUACAUAAAGAUCUUUCUGUGUA